CGCGGGCACUGGGUCAGACAUUGGAUCGUCUGGCUGGACAGCGGGCAUCGGAGUCACCAGGCAUCAGGUCAUUUGGCUCGGACAGCGGGCACCGCGUCAUCUGGCAAGACAGUGGGCACCAAGUCACCAGGCACGACAGCGGGCUCUGAGUCAAUUGGCACGACAGCGGCGGCACCGGGUCAUCAGGUACCGGAUUUCUGGCUCGACAGCGGGCAUCGGGGGUCACCAGGUAUGACAGCGGGCACUGGGUCACCAGGCAUCAGGUCAUUGGCUUGCCAGCGGGCACCGCGUCAUCUGGCAAGGCAGUGGGCACCGGGUCACCAGGCAUUGGAUCGUCUGGCUCGACAGUGGGGCAUCGGGGUCACCAGGUAUGACAGCGGGCACUGGGUCACCAGGCAUCAGGUCAUUUGGCUCGCCAGCGGGCACCGCGUCAUCUGGCAAGGCAACGGGCUCUGAGUCAAUUGGCACGACAGUGGGCACCGGAUCAGGUACCGGAUCAUCUGGAUCCACAGAGGGGCAUCGAGUCAACUGGCCUAAUUAGGAUCAUCAGGCUGGAUCAGUUCAUCAUGCUGGGUAGAGGCAUCAGGUCUGAGUGGAGGCAUCAGGGCUGAGUAGAGGCAUCAGGCUGAGUAGAGGCAUCAGGCUGAGUAGAGGCAUCAGGAUGAAGAGAGGCAUCAGGCUGAGUAGAGGCAUCAGGCUGUCUUACAGGCAUCAGGCUGAAGAGAGGCAUCAGGCA